GCACCUGCUUUAGCCUAAACAAACAGACAAAAAAAAAAACCCAAACAAACCCAGGAGAGACAUUUGCUGCUGAACUGAUUUUGCAGACGCAACAUGGACAUCAAGGAGUAUUUUGCCAGAAUUUCUUACCAGGGUGCCUACGAUAAAACGGAUCUGGAUACCUUAACGGGGAUAUUCCAGCACCACAUCCGCGCGGUGCCUUUUGAAAACCUCAGCAUCCACUGCGGCGAGCGCGUGGAGCUGGACCUGGAGCCGGUCUACCACAAGAUCGUGAGGAGGAACCGCGGCGGCUGGUGCAUGGAAAACAACCACCUCUUGUCCUGGGCCCUGAAAACUCUAGGCUAUAACGUCACGCUUUUGGGCGCAAAAGUUUAUGUCCCAGAGUACGAUGCGUACGCUGAUGAGAUCGAUCAUCUUCUGCUCAGGGUGGUCCUUCAUGGCAAAUCCUACAUUGUGGACGGAGGCUUUGGGCUGGCCUACCAGCUCUGGCAGCCCAUGGAGCUGGUUUCGGGGAAAGAUCAGCCUCAGACUCCCGGCACCUUUCGCUUCCUGGAAGAAGAUGGGACCUGGUACUUUGAGAAAGUAAAAAGGAAGCAGUAUGUCCCCAACCAAAGCAUUUCUUCUUCUCACAAUGUGGAAAAAGAAGUUUGCCGUCGAAUUUAUCUCUUUACUCUUCAGCCACGAGACAUCGAAGAGUUCAGGUCCUGCAACCUGCACCUGCAGACAGCGCCAGACUCCCUCUUUGUUACCAAGUCUAUCUGCAGCUUGCAGACCUCCGAUGGCAUCCGGGCUUUGAUUGGGUGGAAACUCACGGAGAUGAAGUACAACUAUAAGGAUAAUAUGGAUCUGGUGGAAAUCAGAAUCCUUGCAGAUGAAGAAAUAGAGAAAACGCUGAAAGAGAAAUUCAACAUAACACUAGAUAAGAAAUUUGUACCCAUCAAUACUAGCAGGUUGUCUCUAUUCUAACUCACCGCCUGAUAUUAAAUACAAUCUUUCCCCCUAUUUUUGACAACCACUAAAGGUUAGGCUUUCUCUUUCCCUCUACCCCAGCGUAAGGCAGAACAUAUUAGCAUGAAUCUGGAUCAGAAAUUGAUUUUCACAACUGUUGCAGCAUCCCUCCUUG